AUGGCCGAGGGGCGAUCGCGGGUGCAGCAAAACGACCUGCUGCUCCACGAGGCCGUCAUCAAGAACGAGCCCGAGGCCGUGCGCGAGGCCCUGCGGAGGCCUACAGAUGUCAACUGUAGGAACAACUACGGGCGCGCGCCGAUCCACUGGGCGGCCAGCCGGGGCAACGUGGAGAUCGUCAACUUGCUCAUCGACGCGAAAUGUGACAUCGAAGCUGCCGACAAGUUCGGCAUGCGACCUCUCCUCAUGGCGGCGUGGCACGGACAUUUGGCGGCCGUGAAGACACUGGUCGACGCCGGCGCAUGCCUGGCUACAACGAAUAAGAAAAACAACGACGUUCUCCAGUGCGCGUGCAGCCGAGGAGCGGCAGACGUGGCCGCGUACGCCAUCUCCCUCGGAGCCAGAGUUCAGAACACCGACACUGCCGGAGACGCGCCGCUGGCGCUAGCAGCGAGAUCUGGGCACACAGCGACAGUGGAGCUACUGCUGGACAGCGGGGCUGACAUAGAUGCCGUCAAUAAGGUAAAAAUUGGCCAAAGGGCACUGGGCUACGUGGGAACGAUACUCCCCAGCAGUUCGCCACAAGCUGCCCUGCGUUGA